UUUCCAGAGUUUCGGCUCGACUUGGGGCCGCGGGGGGGCGGUUCGAAGACCCCAGGGGACGCGAAUCGGCCUGGCUGAGCGCGGGCGGACUCCAUUUCCCAAGGUGCCCCGCGAGGCGACACAUGGUCGCGUUAAAGAGCCCGCUCCGCCCGCGUCCCGGUCGCAGGUCUGUCCGCGGGAGUCCCCAGGGACCUUUCUGGAGCUGCCUCCUGGGGACACCGGGGUCCCGAGGGAUCUGCCCUGACACUUGAGACAGCUGGAGCGCUGGAUGCCGUUGCUGCUCUAGUAUUGCAAUGAGGUCACUUCCUGCCACAGUUUACCCCAAUCAAGGCUCAUCAUUACACACGAGUUUCAGUGGAAGCCCCACCCUUCGGGGCAGAAUGGGGCCUUCAGAGGGGGUCAAUUGGACAGUCAUCAUCCUGACAUGCCAGUACAAGGACAGCGUCCAGGUCUUUCAGAGAGAGCUCAAGGUGCGGCAGAAGCGGGAGCAGAUUCCGGCUGGGACACUCUUACUGGCUGUGGAGGACCCCGAGGUGCGCGUGGGCAGCGGAGGAGCCACCCUCAAUGCGCUGCUGGUGGCAGCUGAACACCUAAGUGCUCGCGCAGGCUUCACGGUGGUCACGUCUGACGUCUUGCACUCGGCCCGGAUCCUCAUCCUGCACAUGGGCCGAGACUUCCCCUUUGAUGACUGUGGCCGGGCCUUCACCUGCCUCCCUGUGGAGAACCCUCAGGCCCCCGUGGAGGCUUUGGUCUGCAAUCUGGACUGCUUGCUGGAUGUGAUGACCCACCGGCUGGGCCCAGGCUCCCCACCAGGUGUGUGGGUGUGCAGCACCGACAUGCUGCUGUCUGUUCCUGCAAACCCUGGGAUCACCUGGGAUGGCUUCCAGGGAGCCAGAGUGAUCGCCUUUCCUGGGACCCCGGCCUACGCUCUGAAUCAUGGGAUCUACCUCACAGAUUCCCAGGGCUUUGUUUUGGACAUUUACUACCAGGGCACUGAGGCAGAGAUACAGCGGUGUGUCGGACCUGAUGGGCAGGUGCCACUGGUCUCUGGGGUUGUCUUCUUCUCUGUGGAGACUGCUGAGCACCUCCUGGCCACCCAUGUGAGUCCACCCCUGGAUGCCUGCACCUACAUGGGCCUGGACUCUGGAGCCCGGCCUGUCCAGCUGUCUCUGUUUUUCGACAUCCUGCUCUGCAUGGCUCGGAAUGUGAGCAGAGAGAACUUCCUGGCUGGGCGGCCUCCAGAGAUGGGGCAAGGUGACAUGGAUGUAGCAGAUUAUCUGCAGGGUGCCCGGGCCCAGCUGUGGAGAGAGCUUCGUGAUCAGCCCCUCACCAUGGCCUAUGUCCCUGACGGCCGCUACAGCUACAUGACCUCCUCAGCCAGUGAGUUCCUGUGCAACUUCACCCUGCCUGGGGAUGCCAGGGUGCAGAUCGUCCACUCCCAGGUGGAGGAGCCCCAGCUUCUGGAGAAUGGGAGCUCUGUGGUCAGCUGCCUGCUGGAGGGCCCUGUCCACCUGGGGCCAGGGAGUGUCCUGCAGCACUGCCACCUGCGGGGCCCUGUCCACAUUGGCGCAGGCUGCUUUGUGAGUAACCUAGGCACAGCUCAGGCCGAGGCACUGCGUGGCCUAGAGCUGCACGACCUUGUCCUGCAGGGACACUACGUGUGUCUGCCUGGCUCCUCGGGCCGUGUCUUCACUCUCUUUGGCCGUCUGGACAGCUGGGAAAGACAAGGGGCAGGCACAUAUCUCAACAUGCCUUGGAGUGAAUUCUUCAAGAAGACAGGCAUCCGAGCCUGGGACUUGUGGGACCCAGACACAUAUCCCUCUGAGCAUCACCUUCUCAGUGCCCGCCUCUUUCCUGUGCUGCACCCCUUGAGCACCCCAGGGCCCCAGGACAUGCUGUGGGUGCUGGACCCCCAGGAGGAUGGAGGCAAGGCCCUGCGGGCCUGGCGAGCUUCCUGGCGCCUGUCCUGGGAGCAGCUUCAGCCACACCUGGACCGGGCUGCCACACUGGCCUCCCGCAGGGACCUGUUCUUCUGCCAGGCCCUGCGGAAGGCUCAGCAUGUGCUGGAGACCCGGCAAAACCUCAGCCUGCGCCCCUUGAUCCGGGCUGCUGUCCAUGAGGACUGUCCUGGGCCACUGCUAGCCAUGCUGGACCAGGUUGCAGCAGGUGCCAAAGACCCUGGUGUGGCAGCUCGGGCUCUGGCCUGUGUGGCAGACGUACUGGGUUGCAUGGCAGAGGACCAGGGAGGCUUACGGAGUGGGCCAGCUGCUAACCCUGAGUGGGUGCGGCCCUUUUCAUACCUGGAGUGUGGCGACCUGGCGGGGGGCGUAGAGGCACUUGCCCAGGAGAGGGACAAGUGGCUGAGCAGGCCAGCCCUGCUGGUGCGAGCUGCUCGCCACUAUGAAGGAGCCGGGCAGAUCCUGAUCCGCCAGGCUGUGAUGACAGCUCAGGACUUUGUCUCCACGGAGCCAGUACAGCUGCCAGCACCUGGGCAGUGGGUGGUGGCUGAGUGCCCAGCCCGUGUGGAUUUCUCAGGGGGCUGGAGUGACACACCACCUCUUGCCUACGAGCUUGGUGGGGCAGUGCUGGGUCUGGCUGUGAGAGUGGACGGCCGCCGGCCCAUCGGAGCCAGGGCACGCCGCAUCCUGGAGCCCGAGCUGUGGUUGGCAGUGGGGUCUCAGCAGGAUGAGAAGCCCGUGAAGAUAGUGUGCCGGAGUCUGGAUGACCUGAAGGAUUAUUGCCAGCCCCAUGCACCAGGGGCCCUGCUGAAGGCGGCCUUUAUCUGUGCAGGGAUUGUGCACAUCCACUCUGAGCUCCCGCUGUGCCAACAGCUGAUGCAGACCUUUGGGGGUGGCUUUGAGCUCCACACUUGGUCUGAGCUGCCCCAUGGCUCUGGUCUUGGAACUAGCAGCAUCCUGGCUGGUGCUGCUCUGGCUGCUUUGCAGCGGGCUGCAGGCCGGACAGUGGGCACAGAGGCCUUGAUCCAUGCAGUGCUACACCUGGAACAGGUGCUCACCACAGGAGGUGGCUGGCAGGACCAGGUGGGUGGCCUGAUGCCUGGUAUCAAGGUGGGUCGCUCCCGGCCCCAGCUGCCACUGAAGGUGGAGGUGGAAGAGAUCACAGUGCCUGAAGGCUUUGUCCAGAAGCUGAAUGAGCACCUGCUCUUGGUGUACACUGGCAAGACCCGCCUGGCUCGGAAUUUGCUGCAGGAUGUUCUGAGGAGCUGGUAUGCUCGGCUUCCUGCCGUGGUGCACAAUGCCCACAGCCUGGUGCAGCAGGUGGAGAAGUGUGCUGAAGCCUUCCGCCAAGGAAGCCUGCCUCUCCUGGGCCUGUACUUGACUUCAUACUGGGAGCAGAAGAAGCUCAUGGCCCCGGGCUGUGAGCCCCUAGCUGUGCGGCGGAUGAUGAAUGUGCUGGCCCCCCAUGUGCACGGCCAGAGCCUGGCAGGCGCAGGUGGUGGGGGCUUUCUCUAUCUGCUGACUAAGGAACCACAGCAAAAGGAAGUUCUGGAGGCUGUGCUGGCCAAGACCGAGGGCCUUGGCAACUAUAGUGUUCACCUGGUGGAAGUGGACACACAGGGCCUGAGCCUACAGCUGCUGAGUAAGGUCUCCACCUCAUGUCCAGUGCCAUGGGGCCAGGCCUGCUGAAUGGGCAACACCACAGCUACACCACUGUGCCCUUCCUUCCCUCGUGGGAGUUCUCAGCUUGGCUCCCCACCUGCCUCUUUGAAUUUACCCUAUAGGGAGCAAGACUUAGGCCAGGUAGACAGUGUUGGGGAGAGGACUACCUCCUAGUGACAAAGGCUGAGGCUUGACCUCUGUCACAUGUGGACUAAGGGCCAAAGCUCAGUGUCCAAUGUAGCCAUUACAAAUCACAUGGCCCAAUGGAGCCUUGGCCUUUUCUGUCUACUAGGAUCUUAGGAGAAGGGACGACAACCAGUCAUAGCAGAUGCCUGGGGUCUCUUGGUAAGGCUGACCCUAGAGGCCUUUUGAAGCUUUUCCUGUGGUUUAAGGUUGCAGAGUCUAUGUUCAUGACUCCACUGCCCUCCUGGAGAAGUGGGGUGAUGGUAGGGCUGUUGCCAGGGCUGUGGCACUGAACAGGGGUGGGCCUGCACCACGUCCCUGCCAGCCCAGCCAGCAACCACAUAGUGCCAAGUGAGCAGUGCCUGUGGGCAAGGGGUUCUUAAGACUGAUAUUCUUGGAAUAAAUUCAUUUUGCUU